AAAAAAAAGUACUACUGAACUGAUUUAUCGAUGAAACGAGAAGAGGAAGAAUAGAACUCCCACUGAAACUGAACCAUACCCAACAUUGUCCCUCACGAAAGGAGCAUUUUUCGUCUGGAAAGAUUCAAUUUUGUGUAUGAUUCCGAGGACGAAUCUGCGCCCGAAGAAUCGAAGCUCAUGAAAGAUCCCGCAUUUAUUAUUACAGCACCGAGGGAACCGCGAUGGGGGUGGUUACAUUCGGCGUUAUAAUCGCUAUCAUCGUCCUCUUCUUCGCCAUCGUCUGCUUCAUCACCAUCGAGGGCACCUGCAAGCGCCGCUCCACAUAAAGACCACCCGCGAUAGGAGGCCGCAUUUUUCGACCCACCAGUCCCUUUCGGCUCGAAACCCGAAAACCCUCUUCGGGAAAGUCAAAACCCAGUUCGGUUCCGUUCGAAUCCGAGCCUGGGAAUGGGUGGGAUGAGCGGUUUGUUCGCGGUCGUCUGCGUCCUGUGCUUGGAUCUGUGUUUGGGGCACGGGGGGAGCUGUCCCCAUUCUGGGUUUUCUUCCCCUGCGCCGCAGGUGCACAGCUGCGGUGACCACGCCCACGACCACGACCACGACGGGGGUCAUCACCACCACAGUGAUCAUGGCCAUCACCAUGAGGAGAAAGGUGGAAAGCUGCCCGAGGAGUUGGCUGAGGAAGAGGAUCUGAAGCUGUAUGGAUUUGGUUUCCAGCACGGUCAGGACCACGACCACCACCAUCACCAUCAUCACGUGGAUGGGCGGUCUGGUGAAUCGGAUCUCUCUGGUCUAGGUCUAUGGGUUCAUGCCUUGGGCUGCUCAUUGUUGGUUAGCAUGGCUUCACUCAUUUGUUUGAUCAUAUUGCCUGUAAUGUUUGUGCAAGGGAAACCGUCUAAGGCAAUUGUUGAUUCAUUGGCAUUAUUUGGGGCAGGUGCAAUGUUAGGAGAUGCUUUUCUGCACCAGCUUCCACAUGCUUUUGGGGGUGGACACUCACAUUCAGAUGAUCACAGUGUAGACCCUUCUCAUCUUCCCCAUUCUGAACAUGAACAUCAUCACAGUUUGAAGGAUCUUUCUGUGGGAAUGUCCAUUCUGGGUGGAAUUGUGCUUUUUCUUCUUGUAGAGAAGCUUGUAAGGUAUGUUGAGGAGAAGUCUCGGGGGACAAAUGUAUUCAAUCACGGUCAUCAUCACCGUCAUCAUAAGAGUAGUAAGAAGCUGAAUGAUAAGAAAGAUUCAGAUGACGAGUUGCACUCACAGUUGUCAGAUGGAAAAAGUGAAGCAAAAAAGGAUGAGAAGGUUUCUGAUGAUUCUUUGGAUGGAGAUAAUAUGGGUCAACAUAAAUCUCUUCGGAAGAGAAAAGCUAUAGUUUCUGAAGCAGAUGGUAAACCGGAUGAAAAUGCGGUUGAUGAGUUAUCCAAUGCUCAAAUAUUGUCGAAGGAAAAAGACUUGGUUCAGUCACCUUCGAAUCUUGUCUUUGGUUAUCUUAACCUCUUCUCUGAUGGUGUUCACAAUUUCACUGAUGGGAUGGCUUUAGGAAGUGCGUUCCUUCUCUACGGUUCUGUUGGUGGAUGGUCCAGAACUCUGUUUUUGCUUGCUCAUGAGCUUCCUCAAGAGGUUGGUGAUUUUGGAAUUUUAGUAAGAUCGGGUUUUAGUGUAUCCAAAGCCCUCUUUUUCAAUUUUCUCUCUGCCCUGGUUGCUUUAGGAGGAACUACACUGGCUUUGCUUUUGGGACAAGAGCCGGGGCAGUCAUCAUUGAUUGAGGGGUUCACGGCUGGUGGUUUUAUAUACAUUGCAGUAGCUGGAGUACUCGCAGAAAUGAAUAACAGCGGGCAUGUAACGUUGAAGAGUACAUUAGUUCAGUUAACUUCGCUAGUAAUGGGUAUGGGCGUGGCCUUGUUUAUUUCCUUAGUAGAAUGAUUAUUCUUCCUCUGUAAUUGUAACCCAUACGCGUACUGUUGGCAUCAGGAUUGUCCUUUUUUCUGCGAAUUUUCUCUAUAGUUUUACAAUAUGUGCAUCUUGAAAGAGAAAAUGAGAGUCAGGAUGGAGAGCACUCUUGUUCUGUUUUGUGCAUUAAUAAGACUUAUAUCUGUGUUUUGUGGAA